UCUCUUUUAUUCCCCUCCUAUCCUCCAACUUCAAAAGCAGAUUAUUAGUUGGCCUAUCUCAUUAGACAUUUUUUCUUAAAUUUGGCAUUUGGCAUUGCUUCUGCUACUGAUUCUCUCUGCUAGCUCUCUCACAAAUCCAACCAUGAAAAGAAUGGAUUUUUUCUGUUCUUCUCCAGCUUCCACAGCUAUCUGUUCAAGCCUAGACCAUCGUUCCAUGGUCCGCAGUGGUACUACAAGACCCAUUGAUUACAGAAGAUCCAAAUCUUAUGCUCCUUGUUCGUCUCAUCAUUUACCCUUUAAUCCAAAACCUUACUACGAGAAGAACAGAAAGAGUUCUGCGAAUGAACAAGAUGAUUUACGUAGAAAGAGCUCUGGUGAUAUAAGUGAUCUCCGACGUCCAACAGCCUCCUCUUCUAGGUAUCUUCUAAGUGAUACAGUGCCCUUUAUCGAUUGGAUUUCGGAGUCUCAGCAUACAGGCUUAACUAAUGCUCCAGCUUCUCAUCGAAGAUCUUCUUCGCCGGCUGACAGGAUUUUGGAGCCUCAGCAAGCUACAAAGUCUAAGCAUUCCAGCUCUGUUGAUCAUUCUCCUGCUUUAAAAUCUUCUUCCUCAGCUCGCUCUCGGGACCAGGUUGUCGUUUUGUGGGUGUCAAUACACUGCAAGGGCUGUGAAGGAAAAGUGAGAAAGCAUAUCUCCAAAAUGGAAGGAGUGACUUCAUUUAGUAUAGACUUGGCAACAAAGAAAGUUACGGUUAUAGGAAAUGUGACCCCAUUAGGUGUUCUUGCAAGUGUGUCCAAGGUAAAGUAUGCACAGCUUUGGCCGUCUCCGGCGACGCCAUCCUCCCACGUCUCUUCCACCAGAUGAUCCACCAGAGUUAUAUAUGGAUAGAGGAAGCUAGGGUUUUUAACUUUAUUUUCUUUAAUGCUGCAAUCACCAUUCUGUGUUCUUGGAACAAUCAAUGGUGAUCUUUGUUCCAACAUUUUUCCUUCUACUUUCUUUAAUUUGAAAAGACAAGUUGCUUAGGUUGGAGUUGUGAUGUUGUUUACUAAUUUCCAUAUAGUAUUCUCUUACAUCUAUGUUAUAUAUAUGUAGUUCUUGUAGCU